AUGAGUAAUGUCCACGAAUUCGACACGUGUAAGGUGUUGCGGGCGAGGCUCCCGGAAAUGACCUCGGGAGAGCAUAUGUAUCCUCCAAACAUGCGGCAUCAUCAGCCCCGUUUGCAACCGACACCGCCUCAGCUGGAAACCAAGAUAUCCCUGCUACUGUCUUCGUUCCUCUCUGCAAACCCCACGCGCAGUGCACAACAGGCUCGGGACCCGACUCCAGCUUUCAAUUUCGAUGCCCGAAGAGGACCUAUCCCAGUUAUCCCUGCCUCAAUUGCCGCCGUCAAUUUUGCCUCAUGCGAGCCACUCACUUUGACUACUGUAGCUGAGCGAGCGAGCGUAGCACAUCCACGCGGCAACGCCACGUCCACUGCCUUGGAACCAGGAGCCACUCAUAAGUCACCCAACGAUUUGACAUCACUUCUAGGAACAAGUGUCCGAGUACCGUGGCAGAUACCAGCCGUACGGAAUCGACACGGCGGCAACACAAUCACGACACAGUUGGCUCACUCCGCGGAUCUCGGCUUCUCCUAUUCUCGAUGGCACUACAAGUACAACUACCUCAGCCUUUCAUUUUUCCUAGCCUUAUCGAACACGAAACACCACCAAUACCCAUCUAUGCCGGCAAACAUGACUCGUAGAGAACAAGUCACGAUACUUGACCGACAGUCCUUAGUGGGGCCAAGAUCUACAUCUAAGCCUCGUGCCUCCGACCUCACUUCCUUCUCAAGCAUAAGUGCACCACGACCUCUCAGCCACGAAUUGCACAAUAAUCCCGCAAAGGAUCAGCAGGAGCCGAAGCAGCACUCCUCCAGCCACUACAUCGAUCCAAGUACCUGCUCGCUUGCCUGCGACGUCAAUCACUUCGCUCUGCAGCGCAUGGCGAGGGUGGCACGUGGCUUAGCGAUGCACAACGAGGAAUACUCGGAAUUGGCAAAGAAGUACGAACAUCUCGACUUGAUUCCGACGAAUGUUAGGGACUAA